AAUUGAAUGUUUAUUGAGAUUUUAAAUGAGGUGGUUUGCUCAUCUACUUCAGCGAUCCAUCAUCCGUUUUCAUAAUUGAAACCGCUUCAUCCUUUACUUCAUCUUCUUGUUUUCUACGUUGACGAAUGUGCUUUUGGCUCCUUUAAAACCCAGACUUCAAAACCCACAAUCUCCCAAUACCAAGAUGGAGCUCAAUUGUGUUGAGCAGCUUAAAUCCCAGCCCCUCUGGGUUUGCUUGCUAUUCGCGUUCGGAUCUCUCUCGGCUUUGACAUUCUUAGUAAUCGUUCUCAAAUGGGUCUAUGUCAAUUUCCUCAGAUCCCCAAAGAAUCUCAAGAAAUACGGUUCUUGGGCGCUUGUCACAGGACCCACUGAUGGAAUCGGUAAGGGUUUCGCCUUUCAGCUGGCUCGCAAGGGGCUCAAUCUGAUUUUGGUGGGUCGGAACCCUGAGAAACUCAAGGACGUUUCCGAUUCAAUCGUCGCUAAAUACGGCAGCAUCCAAAUAAAGAACGUUGUCGUCGAUUUCUCCGGCGAUCUUUCAGAAGGGAUGAAGAGAAUCAGCGAAGCGAUUGAAGGGUUGGAUGUUGGGGUUUUGAUUAACAACGUUGGGGUUUCGUAUCCGUACGGAAGGUUUUUCCACGAAGUGGAUGAGGAGCUUCUCAAUAACUUAAUCAAGGUCAAUGUGGAAGGCACUACCAAGGUGACUCAAGCUGUUUUGCCUGGAAUGUUGAAGAGGAAGAGAGGCGCCAUUGUUAAUAUUGGUUCUGGUGCUGCCAUUGUCAUUCCUUCAGAUCCCUUAUAUGCUGUCUAUGCCGCCACCAAAGCGUACAUUGACCAAUUCUCGAGGUGCCUGUAUGUGGAGUACAAGAAGAGUGGAAUCGAUGUGCAAUGUCAGGUCCCGCUGUAUGUUGCUACGAAAAUGGCGUCUAUUCGACGAUCAUCCUUCUUCGUUCCUUCGACGAAUGGAUAUGCAGCAGCAGCUCUCCGCUGGAUUGGGUAUGAGCCUCGCUGCACACCGUAUUGGCCCCAUCAACUUAUGUGGGGUUUGGUGUACUUGUUGCCAGAGUCUGUUGUUGAUGCUUGGCGCCUGAAGUUUUGUCUUGGCAUCAGAAAGAGAGGACAACUCAAAGACUCGAGGAAAAAGGAAGAGUAGGAAGAUUCAAGAUAUGUAGUGCUGUUCUAAUUCUUCGCAUUGAAUUCUGGAACCACAGACCUGCUAGAUCUGAAUGUUUUGAGUUUUGUUCUUCUUUUCAAUGACCUUUCAAUAUAUUUCUUAGAAAGCUAAUGGUGAAAAGACUUUGGUAA